UGUGAGCGAACUCGGUGUGAUCCUUGGCAAGUGAUGCACCCUCACCUAGAUAGUGCAAUGCUUCAGCCGAUGGAUUUGAUCUGCUUCCGACACUGCGGAAGCACCAUAUUUGUGCGUGAAAUCGUACCGGCCUGCCCACAGUGUAGUGAUCCGCUGAGCAGCAAUCUGGAGAGUCCACCGUUAACCUUAUCCUGCCCAUUCGUCAGGGCUUCUCAGUAUCCAGCCGCGAUUGUAUUGCGCCCAUCCAGUGGAGAUUUUCUAUGUUCUUUUCAAAAUCAGCACAACUUGCACAUAGCCGUUACAUCUGUGGAUGGUGAUAUCGUUGAGUUUGAUGUCGAUGGGUUGACCAAACGAUCCGGCAAAAGGAACAGUGUUUGGGACCAGUGUCUCUUGAUCGCUCAGAUGCCAGAAGGGUGGUACGAUCGAUGGGACGAGGUGUUAGCAGCCGAAUCCGCUAGACAUCUGGUAUGGAGCAAGGAGGCCUACCACGAGGAGAACCACAAUUGCUACAGCUUUGUGUUAAGUUUUCUUCGACGAUUGGAGUAUGAUGACUUCUCAGAUUGCUGUCACGAUAAACUAUUAUUCAGUGAAAAGUUUAUCGUACCGAAGACAAAAACUGCGGCUAAGUACAUAACGAUUCACCGCAAACUAGAAACGUGCUCGUACUGGAUUGAGAAACAGUCGUGAAAGCGAUCAUUAUGCAAAUAGAUCCCGUCUCGCC